UGCGCCACGAACGCUGGUAGAUCGUCUUGUGUGUAAAAUUGUGGAAUUGGAGGUUAUAGUGCUAAUUUACUAGUUAAUAGUGCAUUAAAAUUAUCAAAAACAUUUUGGAGCAAGUCAAUUGAGUGUUCAAUGUCUCGUGAACACAAAAAGUGUUUCGAAUGAAACAGAAGGACAUCUUUAAGUUCGACAUCCUUGAGUUCAUCUUCUCUCAAACUGUCUCUCCGAAUGUAUAUUCUGUUAUUGCCGGGAACCCCAGAAAUGAAGAUAGUCCGGACACAUACAAAUUCAACUAGAAAUCUUAUGACAGCAGUGCCUCUAACAAACCAAACCAAUUAUUUUUAAACCUAAAACCUUUUUAAUUAAGUGACAUUGUGCCAGUAUUUAAGCCGUAUUAAAAAUUUAAGUAUUUAGUUUAUGAUUAGUUUUGUAAACUAAGUGUUGCCAGUAUGAAAAUUCCGGAGACUUCAGCGAAUGUUGGUGCUUAUUAUGGAAAUGAGGAAAAUGGACAGUGGCAGCCAAACGGAGUUAUAAUUGACAGCGGAGUGCCCGGUGGAGUAGUGGGCAGUGGAGACGGCCUCCACCCACAGCCCGUAUACCCUGUUCACAUACCAAGGGGACACCAUAUACCUGGCUACGUGAUGGCGGGCGCGUACUACGCGGGCGGCGCGGGCUACGCGGGCGCGGCGCCCCCGGACGACUUCGCCGACUACAUGUGGAUGGAGAACGAGGAGGAGUUCGACAAGCAGGCUGUGGUUCCGCAGGUGAUGCAGCAGUUGGAAGAAGAAGCCCUAAUGGAGCAGUGCAUAGAAGCCAUGCUGGAAGACGAACAGAGAGAACAACUGGAGAGGCACAACCCACACUACCCCACGACGAGUAACGGCAACCCGUCACUAUCGCUGGAAGAGACGGUGUCGCGAUCGACGCUCAACCCUCUCGCCGCCGAGUUCGUACCCACCUUCGUGCCUAGAGGCGCCCGUACAGAAGAAAAGAAAGCAGAAGUAAAAAGCACAGAAGAGACACAGAAAGAGCCCAGCGAAGGAACGGAAGAGGCGCCACAGGUCACGGAAGAAGUCAAAACAGAAGAGCCCCUCCCACCAGUAGACCCGCCGGAAGUGAGCGCGGCCGACGUCCAACCCAUAGACAAGAGACGUGACAGCAAAAAGGACAGUAAAACGAAACCAGAGACUAAGAAACCGGUCAAAGCGGACCCCAAGAAGGCUAGUAAACCCGCUGUUGUCGUCAAAUCAGAGACUAAGGUGCAACCCAAAAAGAAGGAAGUGAAAGCGGUCAAGAGUGAGCCGAGGUUAGAAGAGAGAGAGAAAGAAGAUGCGCCAGUCGUUGUCGCAGAGGUGCCUAAGGCGGCGGCCCCGACGCCGGUCGCCGAGCCCGCCGGCCCCAAGCCCAUCAACUACGCGGCCGCCGCGCGCGCCGGCAAGCCCAGGCCCGCGCCCGCGUCCGCCGCCGCUCCCUCCGCCCCCGCGCCCGCGCCCGCGCCCGCCGCCAGGCCCGCGCAGAGGAAACACAAGUAACACACACUGCAGUCUACACUACACUAGCAGCUACACACACUAGCGAGACCGCAGUUACACACCCCGCCCUACAUUCGACGCAUCAUCCUAUAUAAAAGGAUCUGACUUCACAAAAAAUGUUCGCGGGAACUACGAGUCCUAUAAAACUUGUGUAUAAUGUUACGUUCGCUUCUACUAUAGAGUUCGUUAGAAUUUGCUAAAAAUGUCGUUCACCAUUUCUUUAAUAUUUGUGGCUUUUUCAAAUGAAAUAUGCCACAUUGGCGCCGUAUAAGCUCCGACGAUGUGGUACCUUUUAUUUGAAGACGUCCCGUUUUGACAAUUCUAGUAAUUUUAUAAUCGAAAUGUAUAUCUAAGUAAAUCUCAAGAUUUGUACGAGCUACAAUACAUUUUAGCUACUUCUCAUGAACACUGUUGUAGUACCCGAAUCAUAGAAUACGUCGCAAACUUCAGUAUAAAAUGAAUGACAUUAUACACUUGUGUUUUCUUAACUCGAAAAUGAGUUCUGUUAACACGACCAUUCUGACUUCUUCGCUUACCACAAAUCAUCGUGGCAGUUUUAGAGAUAGAUUUAAAAGUCAAUUUUACAAUUACUGAAAUUUUGUGUGAAAACAUUUUUAAACUAUACAAAUUUUCAUGGAAAAACAAGUUGAUUUCAAUAUAAUCCAUUGCAGCGUACAUAGAUUUUUAAAAAUAUACUUUUACACUUAAUAAGUAUGUUUCUUUGAAAGCCACAAACUUAUGUCACAUUGUCCACAAAUAAAAUCGUUUUGAUAUUUUUGCAGCUUUUAUUGAAUACUGCUGCUAUUACUGAGUUUUGACCUAGUCCAAGACUUUAAAAUAUAUUAGAUUCAUGAGGCAUAACAUUAACUCAGAAUUUUAUGUAAGAUUUUGCGCUGCAGUGGGUUUUUUUAUCACACAAAAUACUGUGACUUGGAGUGGUACGAAUAUCUUGGACUAUAUUAAGUUGUUAAGAUAUAUUUUAUUAGUUUUAUUAUGAGUAGUAUUUUUUGGGAUAUAAUAUGAAUAAUUGAAAAAUAUGUUUUCGUUGAUUUGGAAAUUUUGGUGUAAAAAAAGGGUUGUUGCCACUCACAAGUGUAAUAAAUUAAUUAUGUUUGACAUAUGUUUGAAAAAUGGCUUUGACUAAAUACACAAAAUCAAUUUGUAUGUGAGAAAAGUUAGGUACAUUUUAGUUUGGCUUGACACACAGGUCUGUAGGCAUAUCCAUUUUAUAUAAAAAAAAAACAUUCAGUCGAAUUGAGAACCUCCUCCUUUUUUGAAGUCGGUUAAUAAACUAAAGUUAUAUCCAAUAGGCUGGGGGCUAUUUUAUUAAAAAUUGUACACUUUUAUAUUUGGAUUAUCAUAUAUUAUUUCUACUACAAAACACGAAGGAUACAGUUCUUCUAUAGGUAAAUAGUAUUUCAAUAUUUCCAUAGACUUUUUUUUUCUUCAUUUUGUUACCAUCAUACAAAGUCUAUGGGUAAUGGAUUGGAAAUAAGUAGAAAUACUAUUGAAAUAUUCAAAUAAAAGAAAUGUACAAUAUAAAAUAUGGACAUGCGAUAUUCAGACCUUAGUAUAUUUUGUUUUUAUGAAGAUAAGUAAAGCACUCGUGUUAGUGGUUUUGGCCUUUAAAAAAUGUACAGCCUUUAAGUGAAAUAGUUUAGUGUGAAAUAGUUUGGUAAUUUUAAUAGUAUGUGAUAUUUCUUGUUGCCAUCGAGCCCGUUCCGUUUUGCGUGUAGGUGUGUACACGAGUGUCAACGAUGUGCUUUCGUGUGUAGUAUUAAAGUUUGUGUAGUCCCCACAGGUGGUAGUCUAGCACAACUUGCGCUCUCGCGCGCGAGAUACUUGAAGUCACGCUUGAUGUAUGGACUCGCACGCGAGAACAAAACUCGUGUUGAACCGCAUGGUGACUAAUACCUAUUGUAAAGCUGAAUUUACACCUGCAAGUUUUGAAACAGGUAUAUGCAAGAAAGAGAUGCAGAUAUUUGCCACUCACUCUUACCCAUAGUUGCGCCUCAAAAUUUGCAGCAAUAAUUUUCUGGUGUAAAUUCAGCUUUUGCCCAGCUAUGGGACAGUGUAUGGGAUAAUUUUAGCUGCAAAGUGUUUAUAAUGCCACAAAAAAGCAAUGUUGAUAGAAAAAUAUUAAAAUUAGCAUACCUAGAGUUUAGUGGUGAUAUUUUAAUUUCAAAAGUGUGCGUUUGACUCACAUUUUUUAUAAAAGCACGUAAAAUGCAAAACGGUACGGGCUCGCGGUAUUCUUGCAUUUUUCUUUGAAGGAAGAACGGAAAAAAAUAAAAAAAAUAAUGUAUAAAAAGUCCUUAUUAUUAAUAAAAUAAUUAGCAAAACGAUAUGUGAAUAUAAUAUUAGUUUAAAAAAUAUAUUUUAGCAUGAGAUUUUUAUUAGAAGAAAUGUGUCCUGAUAACAGACAUAUUGCCAGUUUUUUUUUUACAUAUAAUUCUUGUUUUCAGAUUUUCGGAACGUAUGUGGUUUUCUAUAGAGAAGGGUACUUAUAAUUCUUAUGUAAUAAUAAGUAUCUUUUUAUGUAUUUUUUUGCUGUAAUUCCCAAGAAAAAGAUUUUAAUUUACUUAAUUCUUAGCGUUUAGCCACAUAUUUCUGAUUACGAUGAAUAGCCCCAAGUUAAGCUCAUCAGUAAACAUAUGUCGCAACUCGCUAACAUAUUUCUUCUAAUAACAAUCACACCAAAUAGCCUAUAAAAUUAAGGCUGUCCAUAACGUUAGUAUGUAAAACAAUUAAAAAUAUUCGUGUACAUUGAAUGAAAAUUUAAAAAAAGUUCAUUUGUAGCACACCGGGCGACUAGGUACCUAAGAAACAAGUUUUAGAAAAUCGAGGAAUCAUUUCAUGUUGAAACCUAUUUAAUUUACAAUUAUAUUGUCAAAAUUGAGUAUUUAAUAACGAUUAAUAUUCAACGCUAGAUUAGGAAGAAAAUCUAGCUUAAGGCGCUGUUACACGGGCAAUAUUGGGCGCGUUUGCUCCAUAGUUAAUUGGUGCGUAUUAAACAAACGUGUUAUAAAAGCAAUGUAAAAUUGGCCUAAUAUAAUGUAAAGUUUAGUAAUUUUUCGAAAGGAUGUCGCUUACGUUCGAUCAUGUCGUUCCCAGAAAAAGGGACCUACUCCAUUAUCUAGCAACUGCAAGAAGACACCUUGUCUCCACGAACGGCUCAAAAAUAAACUAAAAACUAGUCACGCUUUUAUGUCGCACAAUUUUCGAGUAUAAAAACGUGAAUAAUCCGUUUCAAUACCUAUGUGACUUUCCACCUGAGUAGCGUCCUUGUGUACAAUAAGAAAAUCUUUCUAUUUUAAACCUUCUCUAUUGGAAAAUCACAUGUAAUGUGUCUCGUACCACCAAAAUGAGUAAGCGAUGAGCUAUAUCGGCUAUAGAAACAAACAAAAGAAACGCGAUGAUAACGCGAAUGAUAAUGAUAAUAGUUCGUCGCCGAGCGAAGAACCAUCGCUCUCUCUUUUAUUUACACGGGUACACCAUCUUUUGUUCCUUUCUAUUCCCGAUAUCUCAUCGCUUACUUUUGGUGGCCAUUGCCUAAGCUUAUAACGAAGUAAUAAGGUACCUCGAUGUCGCGCCGGUCCAGUAGAAGAUACCUCUAGGGUAGACGUGUGUUAUUUUAAAAAAGACAGGGUUAGAAAUUAAACUGUGUGUAUGUUCGUGGCGAAACUGGGCUUGGAAAAAUAUCGCCAUAGGGAGAACUUGACUGUUCUUAAAAUAUUUUAUACCAUGCACGAAAUAAAGCAGCAGAUAAUUAUUAGUAAAACAUGGACAGAAGUGAUUUUUAAAUCGAACUUCUAUUUAAUGAGUCAGGUAGGAAUAUAUUAAGUAACUGAGUUGACGUGACGUCACUCAAUUCGAUUUCAUAUAAAUUCCAUAUUACCAAGUCAUUCAAAUUCGUUUUGACAGUUCUUAAAAAGCUGAUUUGACUAGGAGGCAAGAAGCCUAUAGAUAAUUAUGAAGUUUACUUAUGGCGAUACUUUUCCAACACCUAACAAAAUUUGAUUGAUUUUAUUCCUUUAUAUUAUUAAAUCGGGAAUCUAAUUUUAAAAUUAAGUUCAUAGAUUUUAAAUUAUGUAGUAUCCUCUAGAUAUACUGACUACGUUAUUAUCGUAUAUAUAUAUUGUGUGUGUGUGAUACGAAAAGCUAUAUAAUAUUGUACUAAAUAUAUCUGGGACAGUCAUAAAUAUUUACGCAAAACAACGCCUCAUCCUAUUGAUAUAUGGUGUAUACUGCCACGUAAUAUAUGGUAAAUGCACUAAUGUUCAGACAUGUGGCCAACCAACCGAGUUGCUACAGAUGUAGUGCGUAAAGGGUUUUCUUCGGAAACGUUCUUAUUUGUCAUGCUAGUUCAGUCAAUGUCAGUACAUCUUGUACUGUCACUGACUGAAAUAGCAUGACACGUUCGUACGUUUCCGUAACAAUUCGAAGGCAAAUCUUUUCGCAGUACAUCUGUACCUACUAUUCUUAAUAGUAUUCGAUUACUACGUUAUUUACUUAUAUAAUAAUUCAACGGAGUAUAUCGCAUUUGUGAACAAUAGUGCUUUACCCAAUGCCAUAAGUGUUCUAAUCUAGGUCUUGCUCUCAGUCUCAUGUUGGACCGUUUUUAGCAAAACGACACAAGGUGGUACCACUUUGUUGGAAACCACACGUUAUGUUUCAUGGAAAAAGGUCUAAAACGAUCAGUAUACUGCUUUGCUUGUAAGGGCCACUCACACUGGCGCCGUUUGAGCGUCAGCGCCUUAAAAAAUGGCGUCGACAUCAGUGCUCGGAAAACGAUAGUGCGGAAUGGCCCUAAAGGUAUCGCUGUAUAGUCUUUACAUUGAGGCAAAUAUUUUUUGUAUCACAGACACACGGUCAGAGCUCAUUGUUUGUUUAAGUUUAACAUUUGAAUUAUUGAAAUAUAUUUAAAUUAUACGUCACAAUUAUACAAUAGGCAUGCUCUGUUUUUGAGAUUAUAUCAGUGGUAGGUACUGGUUAAAGAAAUUAUAUCGCGUGUAUAAAAAUUUCAAUAAUUUGAAAAAAAAAGCAAGAAUCUGUUUACAAACUUUUGAAGAAUAAAUUGAUAAUUGCGCCCUGUAGCAGAUAACAUCCGUAUAAAAGCAAAAUGCUUGUGUCAAACCGUAGACCUUCGCUAACGCUUCGGUCAAAUACACGCGAUAUACUUUUCUUUACAUUUCAACACAUACAAAAUUAAACUGUACAUUAUCGGACUGACUCACAAAUAUCUGUUUAGUAUGACGGCUUGCUUUCCUAGCCUAGUUGUAUGUAAUUGAUGGUACCAGCAUAUAUAUCCUUUUCGACUUAAUAACAGUUAUAUAUAGUUCUAAUUUCUGCAUAUAAUGCGUAAUAUAUGGUAGAUAUGUUAUCCUCAUGAUUUAAAACUUUAAGAGUGAAUUUUGAGUCAUUUUUGACACUUAACCCUUGUAAAGGUCUUUGAUUUACAUUUUUCUAUUCUAGAGCUUAUUAGAUAUAUCAUAAUAUAACAUACUAAUUAUACUGAUUUAAUUAUCCAAAUAAUAAAUACUAAUGCAACAAAUUUUGCAUUUUCACACAUAAACAAUUAUGUCUAUCAAACUUGCUAACAAAUUUUCAUCAUGAAUAAAUUAGCUAUGCAAUUUUGCAGUCCACUGUACAUAGGAAAGCUUUUAUGCCCAAUAUGCUGGUACCAUUAAUACCUUAGAUUAUAAUUUUAGGUUGAAAGACCCUUAAUGUAUCUAUUAGUGGCAUUCUAUGUCUAAAGGGUACACUUCGUCUGCAAUGAGAACUACUUCUAUUAGCAUUUGAAGCUUUAGACCUGGUCCCACCGAAAACGGAGUAAGCGAAACGAACAGAAGAUAGUCACUCCCGUGUAAAUAAAAGAGACGCAUACACAUCGCUCGCUCUGUCUUUAAUUUACAUGAGUGACUAUCUUUUGUUUUUUUUUUCUAUCUCAUCGCUUGCUAGUUGUUGGUGGGACCAGUGUCUAAGGGACCCUUUAGACAUGUAAAGCCACAUUUUAUGAUUAUGUUCCAUGUUUAAUAGUUUUCACUGUAUGAUAUCCUCACGUUAAAAUUAUAGUUUAUAAUUAUUGGAGUCAAGGCUCCAUAGGAGUGACAUUAUGAAAUAUAAGAACGUUGCAAUAAAAUUGUAAAUUGAAUAGAA